UCGUGGUACGGCGUGUGGAUUUGUACUCUCAUAACAUCGAGUUUCUUCUGGUGUGAGGUCGCUUAAUGCAGUAUUUCGUCGUUUUUUCCUAGAGACUGAAGGAGCAGCCAUGGUUUUUCUGUCGCUGUCUUGUUGGAUCAGAAGCCGUGGACCCGACAGAUACUGGAAAGUCCAAGAAGUUCUCAAACAUGCUCGGCACUUCAGAGGCAGAAAGAACAGAUGCUACAGUCUGGCUGUGCGGGCGGUGAGAAGAGCUUUAGUGUACGCAACCAAAUCUCGUAAGCUUAAGAAACGGAACAUGAGAACGCUUUGGAUCACACGAAUUGCAGCAGCAUCACGAGAGCAUGGCAUGAAGUAUCCAGCCCUUAUGCACAACCUCACCAAGAGCAGCGUUCAGCUCAACCGGCGUGUUAUCUGUGAUCUCGCUGUGACAGAACCUCGCUCGUUCCUCUCACUCGCAAAGCUGGCAAGAGCUCGGCAACAGGAAGGCUUCCGUGCAGCAUUGGGUGAUGGAAAAGAGCCUAGUGGUGUUUUAUCCCGUGUUGUUCUGCUGCAGUAAAGGACUUUAUACAGUUGCAUUGUUCUCAAAUGUUACCUUGGUUGAGAGCAGUGGUCUUGGAUCAUAAAAAUGUUUGCAAACAGUCUGAGAGUUGCUGCUUCAUUUAAGUAAAUCUCAAUCUUAAUUGGCAAUUCACUUCUUAUGACCCUUAUUGCGAAAGAGAGUUUUUUUCUUUGUGGUUUGGUAAAUGAAAUACCAACAGAGCACUGUCCUUGAAGCUGAAAUGGAUGUACUGUGUUGCUCAAGGGCACUCCAGCAGGCCUCUUCCUUCAUCCCUGACCUUGAAGAAUACUUUCUAGACUUACCACUCUGCACCCAUGCCACAGUUUGACACAUUUAUUCGACUUUCCCUACUAUUAAGAAAAUGGAUAUCAUUACAUGCUGUUGUAUUUUUUUCAGGUGAAAACCACUUCAAGUAAAUAUUAAAAAUGCCCAUCAUAAGAGUAAAUUAAAGGAAGUUAAAAAUGGCAGUUUUACUUGCAAAAUACAACUCAUCUUAUCCCCUCAUUCCCCACAAUGCUGUGAUAGAUGAUGUGAUGGUAUCAGUUCCCAUCAACAACUAUCCUUUGCUUUAAACAUGCCAACUUCGUGAAGUUGAAUGUGUUGGAUUGUGACUUUUUUUUUGAAUGGAAAUGUCUGGAAGAAGCUAAACCCUAGUUAUCAUGUAUUGACUCUUCUCUCUGUGUAAAUAUAUGUGACACUUUCUUUCCUCUACAUGUUAAUUUCAAUAAACAUUUUGAUAUAUA